UUGGGGGUGGAGCAAGAGGGGCAUAGGAGGAGGUAUAAGAGUCGAGGGGCUAGGUGGUCGGCAGCGCACUCCGGCGGCCGCCUCCUUCACCUCACCACCCUUCGCCCUCCCCGCCCAUCAUGGCCUCCUGGACUAGCUUGGCGCUGUUGUCCGCACUGGCGGUUAGCGCGCUGAGUUCGCCACGGCCAGACGAGGACAGAGAAUAUAAGAUCCCCGAUGUGAAUACGGGGCGCCGCUCCCAGUACUAUGUGUUGCACGAGGACGGCACCUUCAAGUAUGGUUAUGACACGGGCGAGGGCGCCUACGAGGCCGCCAAACAGAAGACCCCCGGCCGCCAGCACGGAAAGUUCGGUUACCGUGACCCUGACGGCAACAACGUGCGUCUAGUGUACAAGGCAGGAGAGGGCGGCUUUCAGCCCACCGGCACGCACAUCCCUGUCCCCAGUCAGGAGUUCCUCGCCGCCCACGCAGAGGCCAGCGCACGCCCACCUUUCCAAGACCCCCUUGCCCAAACCAACACCGACGCCUCCUAUGGCUUCCAGUUUGCAGGGGAAGGACUCUCUCGCACUGAGCAGAGCGACACUGACGGCAACGUACGCGGCUCCUACAGCUACGUUGAUGAGCAGGGGCGCACCCGCCAAUACACCUACACUGCUGGCCGCGGUGUUGGCUUCGUCGUUGAGGGCAGCGACCUCCCUGUUGGUGUCAGCACCAGCGACACCCCUGCAGCCACUAGCCUCACAUCAGGCCUUGGUGCUGCCGCCGCCGCCGCCGCGGCUGCUCAGUACCAUGGUUCCACCGCUGCCACCUUCCGCGGAGCCGCCGCUGGAACUUCACACUCUACAGGUUCUACAUCCUCAUCUUUCGGAACUACAACCACCUUUGGUAGUCACCGCACCGGAUUCCGUCGCCCAGCAGUGACCUCCACUGGAACUUCUGCUUUCCGCUCAUCCGCCGCCACUGGCGCCACUGGCGCCACCGCCGCUCACCGCACUCCCACCACUACACAGUAUCAGCAAACCAAAAAGUACACUGGCGAGCUGGCCAAUACUCGCACGACUCACGGAGCGGACGGCAGCCGAUCUUUCGCUUAUGAGACAUCGAGCCAGGCACGAAGCGAAGCCGAGGAUUCUCGUGACAACGUGCUGGGAAGCUUCGACUUCGUCUCUGAAGACGACGGGCAGCGUCGCGGCAUCAGGUAUGAGGCCAGCUCAGAUACUGGCUUCAUUGCUGAGGGUGCUCACAUCCCCGUGGGCCCAGCAGUUCCCGGCGCCCCUAGCGGCCAGCCCACAGGAAGGAUCGUCCCAGUACAGGAAGUACAAUUCGUCGACCCUUUGGCUGACACUGGCACCGACGCCUCAUACGGUUUCUCCUUCGAUUCCGAGCAAUAUUCCCGCUCCGAGACAGCUGACGCCGACGGCAACGUGCAAGGCACCUACACUGUGGUGGAUGACGACGGCACGCGCCGCACCUACCGUUUCAGGGCUGGCAAGGGCAUCGGCUUUGAAACAGAGGUGGUGUCCACCUCUCAAGGGCCACGCCCAUCUCGUCCCGCUGCAUCCUCCACCGGUUCGACUUCUUUCACCAGCACAAGUACAACAACCAGCAGCCAUGGCGCCGCAGCUCCCAGCCCCGUGGUCAGCUACACGUCUCCAGGAUCUGGCAGGUUCAGUACUUCCUACAGGACAGGAACUUCAGGGACGGCAGGCACCUCCUUCAGGGCUGGCACUUCAGGGACUUCAGGCACCUCCUUCAGGGCUGGCACUUCAGGCACAGCUGGAACUGCAUUCAGAGCGGGCACUUCAGGCACGGCAGGCACCUCCACCACUCUGGGAACUUCAGGCACGACUGGAACUGGAUUCAGGGCAGGAACUUCAGGCACGGCAAGCACCUCCGUCAGGUCAGGCACCUCCACUUCCUACAGGACCGGCACUUCCACCCACACUGGCACCACCUCCAGGUUCUCCCACUCCGGACUCACGCCGGCGAGGACUUCCUUUACCAGCAGGACGUCAGGAGAGGUGUUCCCAGGCUUCGAACUUCAUCGAUAUGAUGAUGAUGCAGCCAAGAAGCGCGGCAAGUACGGAUACGUACUCAAGUUUGACAAAUAAAUUUUGUCUGAGAAAUGGCGGAGGACGCGACUCUGCUCCAUCGGCUGGACCAGAGUCGCUUCUCGGACAUGAUCGUGACUCAACGCCUGACUGGGUGGCGGUCACGCUGCGGUGAGGGGGGCACAUCACCAUACAGCUGCAUGUUCAAUACACACCGAGGACCUUUAUUUGCCUUUAUGCCAGUACUACGCAUAUGCAUUUUCCUGUUUUGCAACAAAAUGUUUUAUUAACCCAAUAAAAAUAACUCAGUUGA